AUGGGAGUCGAUAGAUUGGAAAAUGCAAAUCCGACUCUUUACACGGAAAAACCGCGAACACGACCAAGUUCCGGAAAAGAAAUGUGAGUAAAAUGAUGCAAUUUUCAUUCAAAAGUGUGAUUUUUAGGGAUGAAAAUGUGGAAGAUCCAAUUGAUUCGUGGGAGAUUUUUGAUUUGAUAAGAGAUAUUAAUGAUCCUGAACAUCCUUAUACUUUGGAGCAAUUAAAUGUGGUUCAAGAAGAACUUAUCAAAGUGCAUCAAGAUGAAGACGAAACUUUUGUUGAGGUCAAUUUCACACCAACAAUUCCACAUUGUAGUAUGGCAACACUUAUUGGAUUAGCAAUUCGUGUUAAACUUUUGAGAAGUUUGAGUGCAAAGGUGAAAGUUCGAGUUGGAAUAACUCCUGGAUCACAUAGCACUGAAGAAUCAAUAAAUCGACAAUUAUGCGAUAAAGAAAGAGUUGCGGCAGCAAUGGAAAAUCAAACAUUGAUGACUGCUGUUAAUAAAUGUUUGGUUUUAGCCGAAGAAUAG